AUGCAUCUACGUCGUCCUGUCUCACGUGAUUACCGUUCAUUCAUGAACAAAACACACAAUGAUACCAAAAAUCAAACAAUCUCGGGAUUGAAGAACCUGAUGAUAGCCAUUCAAACAUUUGUAAUUUUAACGUUUUCUUGGCAUUUACCUAACUGGAUAACUUGGGCCAGCUUAGCACUGAUCUGGAUACCAGUUUUCGUCCUCGGACUUGCUGCUCCAACUAUAAUGGGAAACUGGUCAGGUCCUGACCCUUUCUACACAUGGUCAGGGGAUUGGUGUUGGAUUAGCGCUCAGUUUUCUCCGCUGAGGUUAUUUUUGCACUACCUUUGGAUCUUUAUCUCCGCAUUUGCUUCGAUCGCUCUAUACGGUCAUCUCUUCCUGCGGUUGCAGAUUCAUUUCAGACAUUCCAAAGCGCAUCAUGGUCUGAAGUUCAUUGGUGGUAAACGUAAAAACGGAACGGUCCACACAGAUCUAACUGAAGGGCCAGUGAUCCCCUUACAGGGUGAUCACUUGAGGAAAAAAUUGGAGCGCAAAGCAAGAGCAAUGCUGAUGUAUCCGAUCGCAUUUAUUUUCAUGAUCUUACCACUCUCAGCCUACAGAUUGGCCUCAUUAGCUGGUCAUGAUUGGGGAAUAACAGCCGCGACUGUGUGUGGCUCAAUGUACUGUCUAAGCGGAUUUAUUGACGUCCUUUUGUUUGGAACCACACGAAGUAUACUUUCGGUGCCAGUUUUUUCCUUAAACAUUGGAAACACCGGUGGGACUGCAAUCAUUGGGACGAAUGGGAUAGGAAUGAGUACUAGUGGCUUAGGCGGAGAAGGGACACGAUCAGCAGCUUUCCGAGUGGAAGUAGUCCAAGAAACGGUGAUCGACCUGGAUGAACCCACCGAAUCCGAACGGAUAAAAACCGAAAGUCGAGGACAAUCUGAGCGGAUAAAGGUCGACGGCAGAGGACAAGGCGGUCGGAGUGCCCGGGUUGGCGGAGGCGGAUCGUCCACGAAUGCAUUGCUGCAACCUGUCAGACUCUCGAAUACCACAAUCACCAACACCGACCCAGAUUCGGAUAGUCGGCAUCCAAGUCUUACCGUUUAUUCCCCUGACAUGAAUCUAUCAAAUCAUCACCCAACUCCCACGGACCCAACGCCUUGGUACGAACCUGUAAACUCCAAAAAAUAA